AGAUUGUUUCUUGCCUUUGACUACAGCGUGUGCCGUCUGAUCCAUAUACUUUGUUGCUCACGAUGUUGUUAAACACGCCGUUGAAAAGCCUCAAUGUUCCAGUUAUCACCUCACUUCCUGUAUAGAGUUUAGUAAUUCUGACUUUCGGAUCUUUUCGGGCGACGGGACCUGGUACUUCUCAAAAGCCCGAAUCCUCGGACCGCAGGCCCCGAUCCAGGCGAGGCCAUGGCAGACUUUUCGCUUGCAGACGCAAUCCCAGAUGAUGUUCCUAGUGAAGCAUCAAAAAAUAAGCACACCAAUCCAUCAGCUCCUGGAAAUGGAGCUCCCCCACCCACUAAUCCUGGCUGGCCUGGUGCAGCCCCUGGCGGCCCUCAUUUCCCACCUUCUGGAGGCCCUGUCCAACCUGCUGGCUUCCCCCAGACCUGGCCAUCUGCCCCUGGAUCCUUUCCUCCUGGCCCAGGAGCCCCAGGCCAGUUCCCUGGAGCCCCUGCUGCCCCAGGCCAGUUCCCUGGAGCCCCAGCUGCCCCAGGCGGAUACCCACCAGGACCGGGCGUACCAGGACAGUUCCCUCCUAACCCUGGAGCUCCAGGACAGUUCCCCUCUAUGCCAGGUCAGUUCCCACCAGGUGGGGCACCCAUGCCAUAUCCUGUUCCUGGACAAUUCCCCUCCCCACCUGGGGCUCCACAGGGUCCCAAUCCAAACGUGCCUUACCCACCAGGUCCAUCCGGACCUGGCAUGUACGGCCCCGGAGGCCCUGGUGCCUUUCCACCAGAUGGAGGUCCAGGAUAUGGAGGAGGAAUGUUUCCUCCAGUACCACCAGGAUCUUGGGGACAACCAGGAGGAGGCUUUCCUGCUCACCCAGGCCCACCAGGAGGCUACGGUCCCGGGCCCAUGGGACCAUACGGAGGACCUGCAGCUCCAGGUGGAAUGCCAUUGCCGUAUGAUCUCCCACUGCGCGCUGGGAUUAUGCCACACCUGCUCAUCACCAUAGUGGGUGAACCAAUAAUAGGAGGAGACAGGUUCCAUGUAGACUUUAUGAGGGGGCAUGAAGUGGUUUUCCACUUUAACCCUCGCUUCCACGAGAACACCGUCGUACGAAAUUCACAGCUCGGGGGUCUCUGGGGUCCUGAGGAGAGGGAAGGAGGAUUUCCCUUUGUGCAGGGCAGACAGUUUGAGCUGAAGAUCCUGGUGGAGACAGACGGGUUUAAGGUGGCUGUGGACGGUGUUCACCUGCUGGAGUUUGAGCACAGGACAGGCGGGAUGGAGGACGUCACUCGUCUGCGCAUAGAUGGAGACGUGACUCUGUUCAGCGCAGCUCCCAGCAUGAUCUAACACACACACACAAACACACACACAGCAGCUCAGUAGUGUGGAGGUGACACACUAAAUCAUUGGUAAACAUGGGAAAAUAUCAGUUAUGUCUGAAAGAGUGAACAUUUCUAGCAGUUCCUGCAUCUCUAAUGCAGUUUAGUCAAACACAUGAUGGGCACAUGAUCUAAACAAAUGAAUUACUGUAGAGAUAUAGAAGAUGUUUUGACUCUUCUGAGAGGACGCUGUUAUUAUCACUCUGUUUGUCCUUAUUCUCUCACCCUUCAGAGUGCAUUCUACUAGUUACCCUUUUUGCAUGUAUACCGGAACAUGACUGAUUUAGUGAAAAUCAAAUGUGUACUGAUGCCCGCGGGGGCCCAUAAACUCUAAUUCAGGAAACUUCAGAGCAGAGCUGCGACACUGAGCUGGAAAACAGCAGAUCUAAAUGGCUGAAUAUUCUUUUGUUUGGAAUGAAUGUUGGAAAAUGUUUAUUAUUCUAAGGAAAAUCAUUGAGAUGAUGGAGGGAAGCAAAUUAUUUUGUCCAAACGAAUGCUGUAUUACCCUGAUUAAAAUGUGCUUGGACAUAAUA